AUACAGCAUUUAGUUUCUUUUUGCUGUUUUAUGAUAUUGUUUAUUUCAAAUUUUAAACUAUUGAAUUUACAAAACGAUUAUAAUCAGUUUAUCUGUGACAAACCCUGUUUCAGUGUCAGUGACGGAGGGAGAUUCAGUCACUCUCGACUCUGAUCAUAGUGAAAUAAAGGAUGAUGAUCGGAUUCAGUGGUGGUUUGGAGACACUUUAAUAGCUAAAAUCAAUAAACAGGACGACAGCAUCACUGAAGAUGAAGAUGAUGAUGAUGAUGAUCUUGAUGGGAGAUUCAGAGACAGACUGAAGCUGGACAAUCAAACUGGAUCUCUGACCAUCAUAAACACCACAACUGAACAUGCUGGAGUUUAUCAACUAUGGACCAACACUCUCAGCAGUUCUUAUAUUCGUCUCAUUGUCUACGGUGAGUUAAAUAUCAGUUUCACGUGUUUUAUUUAUUACAGCUAGAUCUAAAGAAGUAUCUUAUCAUGACUAAUGAGUUCAAAUGACUAAUUCUCUUACUUUCACAUGAACAGCAGGUUUAUAUUUAACUUUCUAUUCAAUAGUUUUAAAUGCUCUACUUUUGAUCAUCUUGGUUCCUCUGGAUGUUUCUUGAAUCUCUUCAUUCAUCCUCAUUUCUCUUUAUUCUCUCAUGUUUUCAGCUCGUCUGCCUGUUCCUGUCAUCAGCAGUAACUCUUCACAAUGUUCAUCAUCAUCAUCAUCAUGUUCAUUGGUGUGUUCAGUGGUGAAUGUGAGUCAUGUGACUCUCUCCUGGUACAAAGGAAACAGUUCAUUGUCUAGCAUCAGUGCGUCUGAUCUCAGCAUCAGUCUCUCUCUACCUCUGGAGGUGGAAUAUCAGGAUAAAAACACCUACAGCUGUGUGCUGAACAAUCCCAUCAGCCACCAGACUCAACAUCUGAACAUCACUCAACUCUGUCACACAUGUUCAGUCCACUGUUGUGGUCCUACUGAAGCUGUGAUCCGAUUGGUCCUCUCUGCUCUGGUGGGCGUGGCUACUGUCAUUCUUGUGGUUUAUGACAUCAGAUCCAGAAGAGCUGAAGGAGAUCAAGCACAUAUUCACACAUCAGGAAGUGCUUAAAUCUGAAGCAGAACGCUGAACUUUAAAGGUUCUUCAAGUGUGUUUUUGUCAUAAUAAAUACUGAUGAUUAUUUGAGCUUCUCUUUCAGUGUCAGAUUUGUAAAACUCUUAUUUGUAAGGCUUUAUUGUUUAUAUUUCUCUCAGAGACACACAGAUCUCACUUUACUACUACUGCUGUAUAUUUGUCAUGUGUAUUUUACACUGUUGUUGAGGAUCAAAUUAAAAUAGCAUCUUUUUAAUGUGUCUGACGGAGUUACACAAAUUCAGUUCUGAAGUGAAUAAAUGUACAUUUUUAGAAGAAAACAUUUUCAGAAAAACCUGUUCCCUUACAUGUUCAUUAGCUGAGACCUUUGUCUACAAAUAUAUCAGUUUAUAAUAAUGUGUUAUUCAAUAAUAAAAACUAACAUCUCAAA